GUCAUCUCUUGCGUGUUCAUCAAUGGAAAAACCCACCUGGAAUUUCUUCUCCUUUUGCCUUUUCUUAAGAGUUCCUUGAAGUGUUUUACUUGUCAAAAAAUUUACUUGUAUAGGUCAAAUCUUUUCUUAAUAACCAAAUUUUAAGAAUUUUCCAGUGCUGGGUGUUAAACCAUUGCUGUAUUUGUAUCGGAUUUUGACCCUUGUCCUUAUCUGAGUCUCAAGUUUUGAGUUUCCUGUGGUCUUGUAUAAAUGUUGAGGAGGAGAUAUCAUUUUCUGUCAUUGAACUCUUGAGUAGCUUAAUUUGUUAAGAUUAUAUUAGUUAUGGGAGGAAAAAGCUCAAAGGAUUCUAGUGGAAGAGCGUAUCCGACAAGUAGGUCCGGUGGUUCAGAUUCAUGGAGUCGUUACGGAUAUCCACCGCAAUCAGGAUAUCCUCCACAGACUCCUUACUAUACACCACGGCAUCACCAUGCUCCACCUCACUCAAGUAAUUACGGAUUGCAAACACUCCAUCGCGGGCAUAAGAUUGUGAAAUACUCAAGGAUAGCUGAUAACUACGAAACUUUGGACCAGGUUACUGCUGCCCUCGCACAAGCUGGCCUCGAGUCCUCUAACCUCAUCGUUGGUAUCGAUUUCACAAAAAGCAACGAAUGGACAGGUGCAAGGUCAUUCAACCGCAAAAGCUUGCAUCACAUCGGGAAUGGCCAAAAUCCCUAUGAACAAGCUAUAUCAAUUAUUGGACAGAGCUUAUCCGCUUUUGAUGAGGAUAACUUCAUUCCAUGUUAUGGAUUCGGAGAUGCGUCAACACAUGAUCAAGAUGUCUUCAGUUUCUAUCCGGAAGAGAGAUUCUGCAAUGGAUUUGAGGAGGUGCUUGCACGAUACAGAGAAAUUGUUCCCCAGCUUCGACUCGCAGGGCCAACAUCCUUUGCACCCAUCAUUGAAAUGGCCAUGACUAUUGUCGAGCAAAGUGGUGGUCAAUACCAUGUUUUGCUGAUAAUUGCUGAUGGACAGGUGACUCGAAGUGUCGACACACAGCAUGGUCAGCUUAGCCCCCAAGAGCAAAAGACAAUCGAUGCAAUCGUUAGAGCAAGUGAAUUCCCCUUGUCUAUUGUCCUAGUUGGGGUUGGUGAUGGACCUUGGGACAUGAUGAGGGAGUUUGAUGAUAACAUCCCUGCUCGUGCUUUCGACAAUUUUCAGUUUGUGAACUUCACAGAGAUUAUGUCGAAGAAUACAGAUUCAUCGAGAAAGCAGGCAGAAUUCGCUCUUUCAGCCUUGAUGGAAAUUCCUGCUCAGUAUAAAGCAACUAUUGAGCUCGGCCUGUUGGGACAAAGAAAGGGAAAUACUUUUGAGAGAGUUCCUCUCCCUCCUCCCAUGUAUGGUGCCUCAUCUUUCAAUAACCCGAAGUCUUAUUCUCGCUCAAGCAGUUUUCAGCAGGAUCCAUCUCCGUAUUCUCAAUCCGGCAGUUUUAAGCAAAAUCCAUCUCCCUAUUCUCGCUCAAGCAGUUUUCAGCAAAAUAUACCUCUGUAUUCUGGAUAUGAUACCUCUGCUGCCACAGCCACAGGUCCAUCUUCAAGCUCCCUUUACGAUCAUCAGAUUUGCCCCAUUUGUCUUGGUAAUCCCAAGGACAUGGCUUUUGGUUGCGGACAUCAGACUUGUUGUGACUGCGGAGAAGACCUCCAAAUCUGCCCCAUAUGUCGGAGCGCGAUCCAAACUCGGAUCCGGCUUUAUUGAUCAGUCUUCAUAACCUCGUUUUUCUUUUGGUAAACAGAGCUGAAUCCGGUAAUUGAUGCCCGAAAGCAAUGAAAGGUUAGCUCUUGACUAUGAUCUGAAAGACAAAAAAAAAAAGAAAAAAAGAAACGGUUUCCGUGGAUGAGCUUUUUACCAAAUACCAAGAAAUUGUGAUACUUAUAGGUUUAGGGCUAUAAUCUUACCUGAUGUGUCCUUUUAGACGGUAAACUCUCUUCUGCAUUAGCUUGAUGGAGAUUAAGCUGUCGGAGAUGUGAGCCUAGACCUGGCAAUUCAUACAUCCACGUUGUGUUCAUGCAUUUUGUCAUAUCCAUGGUUGUGUUUAAGGUCUUAUAUUUUUAUAAAUAUUUUAUAGUUAAAUGCCUUAAAUUUUAAGACAUUCUCGUUAUGUUGUGUCUGUUAUUUUCUCAUUUUUGUGUUGUGUUUGUGUCUGGUAUUGCCAGGUCUAGACAUAGACAUGACCCAACAAUGUAAAGCUGAAAAGCGAACACACGGCAAUGGAGAACUGUUGCUACA